AAUUGCCAUGGUCCCCUCUCUCUCCCCUUAAAAUCAGCCCCUCUUCUCCCCUCCUCCAAAACGCACACACUCCGGCAAAGUUCAGGAGAAGAAGAUGACAGGAACCAUGAUGGGUGUCGCCAACGCCAAUGAACAAGAAGCCCUCGACAGAGCCCAAGAGGUCCGGCAAUUUGAAGACUCCUACCUCGGAGUCAAAUGCCUCCUCGACUCGGGGCUCUCCACCCUCCCUCCCAUGUUCAUCCACCCGCCCGACAUUCUAUCCAGCCUCAAGCCCGGUGCGGGGCUCAAGACCGAUUCAAUCCCCAUCAUUGAUCUCUCCAGCUCCGACUCCGACCGACGACCCUUAGUCGUCGAGGAAGUUGCACACGCUGCUCGUGAGUUUGGCUUCUUCCAGAUAGUCAAUCAUGGCGUGCCCAUGGAGGUCCUGGAUCGAACGAUCACGGCAAUGAAAGCGUUCCAUGAGCAGCCAGCGGAGGUGAAGGCGAGGAUCUAUCGAAGGAAAUCUGAGUCCGGGGUCGCCUUCUUCUCCUCCAGCAGUCACUUGCUUCCCUCUGACGCGGCUUGCUGGCGCCCUUUGCUCGAGCUGAAGACCAAGCUGUGUCGAUGACUCAUGGACAGUUCUGAUGCUGCAACCAAUAAGCUUUGAAGUAGAAAGUCUUCCAUUUUCUGUGCAUUCUGGCAUCAGUUGAAAGAACCAGUAGACUGUGAUCCGAACCCACUGCUGGUAAAGCACAUACUUUUGCCUCAGAGAAAGCAAUCCUCCAGGUCCAGUUACAAAGAACCCGGUCCAAUCUCUCUUUAACUAAAUCAUUCCCUUCACGGUAAUUCAUCCAGGUAAACGCACAUCCCUUGCUAUCGAUAUCCAUCAAUGCACAGUCAUGUAGUACCUCUCUAAAGGAUUGCAUUCGAAAAAAAUCAGCGUGGCGCUUACCUACUUUCUCCCAAGGAUAGGCUAUUUCGUUGAAGUCCCCAGCACAAAUCCAAGGUAAAGAGUUGAUGGAUGCAAUUCGACGGAGUGCUGUCCAAAAGGGCUGAUGUGAUUGAGGAGUUGCUGGAGCAUGUACACAG